GAUGGCGCAGAGCGGGGACGCAGAGGGCGUGCGCAGACUGGCUGAAGAAGGAGUCGACUUAAAAGCAGCGAGCUCAAUGCCGGACCAGAGAGGGCUUCGUGCGCUGCACAUUGCCACUAUUGGAGGCCACGCCCGUGUCGUCCAAGAGCUCGUUAGAGGCGGCGCUGAUAUCAAUGGAAGAACAACAGAAGGUGUUUGCGCCCUCCACUACGCCGCCGCAGGAGGCCAUACGGAGAUCAUAGGGAUCCUAACAGAGGCAGAGUGCGACGUGAACGCAGAAACGAGCGACGGCGACACUGCCCUCCACCUGGCAGUGUACCACAGCAACCUAUCGACCGUGAAAUGCCUAAUCAAGGGCGGAGUGGACUUCGCUCGGGGCAACAAGAGAGGCCUCACCCCCUUGGACAUCGCGGCUGCAGCUCGGAAGGCAGACAUAGCAAGUUACUUGGUGGAGGUCAGUGUCAAGAGAGCGUUGGAGUCUGAGGACACGGGAAUCCUGGUCGAGUUGCUCCGGAAGGGCGCUGACCUCGAUCCUCUGAUCGUGAAGCAGAGCACGGAAGGCAUGCGAGCGGUUCACUACGCGGCCUGGCACGGCUCCUUGGAGAUGCUGAGGCUGUUGAAGGAAAAGAACGCUGACCUGACGGCAACCUCCGUCGAAGGGCACACGGCCCUCCACUGGGCGGCUCGGGGCGGCCAGCUUGACGCUGUCAAGUGGCUUUUGUCACACGGGGGACUCGACGCAGCCUGCCGCAGCAAGGACGGCGCAACGGCCCUGGACGUGGCGUUGAGGCUGAGAAAAACCGACGUUGCGGAUUUCUUGAAAAGUUUUACGCGUGGCGUAGGUCCUGCAAACUUGGAUGGCAAGCCGCCUCAAACCCACGAAAUAGAGGUGAAUAUUAAGCAAAGAACAGAAGCAGGAGCAACGGACGAAGCAGGAGUUGGAGGAGCAGUAGUAAGAAAGGGAUCAGGGUCGACAGCAGGAAGGGAAGGAGCAGCAGCAACGGCUCAAGGCUUGGCAAAAACAAACGCGGGCACCCGCGCAGCCGGGGUCGCAGGGGCAGCCCCGACGAAUCCUCAGCCACGCCAAGGAGAGGUCGCUCAGGACCCCGGGUUGGGGCAAGGAACACCCGAUCUGGACGCUAAGCUCCUGAAGGCGGCGAGUGACGGGGACCUCCAGGGAGUGAGGUUCUGCUUGAGCGCAGGAGCCAGCGUAGAGGCGGCUAGCUCAGCGAUGGGCGAGGAGAGAGUAGUUUUUCCAGAGAGAAAGGAGAAUUUGAAGUAUGCUAACCCCAACCAGUGA